CACAUGCAGCAGCUGGGAGGAUGGAUUAAGGAAUGUUCGUACACUCGUGCACAAUACUGUUCUUGGGACAUAAAGCUCUUUUGCAAAGCCUCUGAGAUUCACCUGAUCUUGAAUGAUGAGCAGACAAGCUGCAAGCUACCAGCACUGAUAACCCUGACACCUUCAACAGCAUAUUUGAUUUCUUUGCUCUGCCUGUCCAGAAUUCAGAGGAAAAGCUGCACAAGCCUGAAUGGAUGAGUGGAUGCACCAUCUUCAACACAGUUUUGGGUUGUGUUGCUGUAGCUGUCUGGAUCAGCAGCACCCCAGGCAGUCUGUAACCACUGACACUUGGCCUCUUGAUGAUGUGCUUGGCUGCUAAAGCAUCCAGAACUGGGAAAUCACUGUCCAGUAGCGAGGAGGAGAGUCUGACUUUCUGAGGCUGCACUGGGAGUUUAUGGAUGCAUUUCUCUCACUCGUGUUUAAGAAACUCACUGACUGGUUUGGUGUUAUGAAACAGUAUGCUUUAAGAUAAUCACUAUUGGAAAGGAGCAGCUUGCUUCACAGUCAAUGACUUUGAUGCCUUGGGUUGUUCAUGUACGGAUCUGCCUCUGUCUUGCCUUGAUUGACAAGACCCUUUCUAUAAAUCUGUGCAAUUAAGCAGCCCCAUAGCAGCUGCGAAGGAGAUCUAGUCAGCAGAAACCUGACAAAAAUUGCUGUGCAGAUCUCUUGCUGCUCCUUCUGACAUCCUGAAACACCAUCUGCAAUUUAAAGCUGCAGAAGGCGAUCUGACUCCAACAAGUUGGAAUGAAGCUCCCCUGUGUGACCCUGGGUGCUCUGCUCCUCCUGUUGCUGGCUGGCCAUGGAGGCACGGAGACCUCUGCUAUCGACCUGCGCACCUUCAUCGGUUGUGCCGUGCGUGAGUUCACCUUCGUGGCCAAGAAGCCUGGCUGCAAGGCACUGCGGAUCACCACGGAUGCGUGCUGGGGACGCUGCGAGACCUGGGAGAGGCCAAUACUGCAGCCGCCUUACAUUGAAUCUUACCACCGUGUCUGCACCUACAAUGAGACCAAGCUGGUGACAGUGAUGCUGCCCAAGUGUGCCCCUGGAGUGGAUCCCUUCUACACCUACCCAGUUGCCAUACGCUGCAACUGUGACUUCUGCUCUACGGCCACCACUGAGUGUGAGACUGCCUGAGCUCUCCUUCCCCAGGUCAAGUUCCUCCCUGGCUCUACACCUCUGCUGUCUCAGAGGGUGUGGGUCAGCCCAGAAUUUGGUCUCACCAUGUAAUGCUCCUAAUCAUCGGCUUUUCUGGCAGAUGAGGUUUAGUUCCCUCUUCCCUUUCUGUAGAAAUGUAGAACGCAGCCUUAUAAUAGCAAAUCCUAUGGAAGAAAAAUUGAUGCUGUUUCCCUUCCUUCCAGGCUCUACAUAGAGCGGGACCUUUCUUCAUGCACAAAGUGCACAUGGACUGAAUAGUCACAGAGGGGUUGGAAACAGGCCAUAAAUGCAUGACAGCCAGUAGAACAGCCUUUAUUCUUUUUAGUUUUAGUACCUUCCCACUAAUGUAAGAAUUACCAACAUUUCCCCCUCUUGCCCCUUCUGCUCUUCUUACGCUGAGAUCUGUCAAAAAUAUCUGUCAAGGAAAAGGCCGUACAGACAAUAAAAUGGAAAUGGGUAUCAAAUCACAAACUUGAAAUUACACCCUAAGCCCUAACUCAGCCAAUGAGACCAAGCUGAGCUCUCCUUCCCCAGGUCAAGUUCCUCCCUGGCUCUACACCCCUGCUGUCUCAGAGCGUGUGGGUCAGCCCAGAAUUUGGUCUCGCCAUCUAAUGCUCCUAAUCAUUGGCUUUUCUGGCAGAUGAGGUUUGAUUAAUAUCUGUGGACUUACAGCUAAGUGCGUAUUUCAGUGAUUUGCUUAAUUGGAGCAUUUCUGCUGAAAAAAAUCUUGCCUUACAAGAGAUGACUUCUUAAAAAGCAGAAAGAAGCACAUUAAAUGUGUAAUGCUUUUGUCCAGGACUGUCCAGAAGAAGAAUUGGCUUCAUGUAAAACCAGAGAGGCUCUGCACAACCCUAAAGUCCUCUCUUGACAAUUUCCAGAGUUAGAGGGACCAAGCCAAAAUGUAGUGCUUGUGGUUCAGUUUCAGCAAGCCUUGGCCAAGGUAAUGGGAAAGAGGGGGCUAUGGGGGUGUUUCCCACACUUCCCUUAACUGCUCAACCAGACAGGGACUUGCUUCUCAGGAGAUGCACAGAAGGCAGACAGAAGUGCUCAUGGGAGAGCUGAGGAGUUGUCUGAUAGCAAAUAAUGCAGCCAGCACGGGUGGGACAGGCCCAGGGCAGGGAAAGCAGCAGACAUGCCAAAGGCUGGUCCACACCACCUUCUUCAGAACCACUGUCUAUAGACUGGGGGGUGCAUGGGAGCUGCUGCAGCAUCCCCCCUCUGGUGACCACAGCUGUGUAAGUGCCUUAGUCCUCCAUCUCCCACCUGGAGGAGGACAGAUUCAUGUUCAUCCCUCAUUUCUCCCCCCUGAACAAAAUAGGAAAUGAUGUGAAAACAUCAAAAUUUGGCCAAGUGCAAGAGAGUCACAGGAGCUUACAAACAAAGACAACUCAGAUAGCCAUUAGCAGAGAACUGCUGCUGAGAGAAUGUCAGCACCUGCCUUCCGCUCUGAUUAAGUGUCUUCUGGAUGCAGUUCCUCCAUUCCCACAGUUGUGUGCCUGAAACUUCCCCAAGUGCCUUAUCCUCCUUGAGACAGAUCUUUUUGUUUUUAAUCUGAUCUGCAAUGUAUUAGUUGCUGUCAUGUUUUGUCGGUGGAACUGUGAAAGUUGCCCUGUGGCUAAGUGGAAAGGAGAACAUUUUAUCAUCUGCCUUCAGUAGCUCUGAAUUCCAUGUCAAACAGCAGCAGAAGCAGUUUUCUGGUGAUGGUGAGUUUAACUGCCUUUAAGGACCCUAAAAAAGUCCUUCUGUUUUCUUUCAAAUUGCAUCUCUCUAAUCUUGUUAUUGUUUUACACAGCAUCACAACUAUUAUGGAAAACCUACAAAUUAUUUUGUGUCCUUAA